AUGAGGGGUCGGCUGAGUGUUUGCUGCUGUGUGUGCAUGUCUGGCUCCAACGUCUGAUUAGAAAACCCGAACGGCGAUAACAUAUUCACUCCUGCAUGCUUCUCCUGGGUUAAAGAUUUCCUUUUUUUUUAUUCAAAAGCAUUUCCGGGAAAAAAAAAAAAUCAACCUGCAUUUUUAUAUUAAGCUUCAGCGCUGAAUGCGAGGACGCACUUUCUCCUCUGUCUGUUUUUUUUGUUUUGUUUUUUUUAAACGGAUGGGUGGACAGGCGCAGGUAGACGCGCAGAGACGCUGCUGAGGAGCCGCUCUUUCUGUUGAAGUUUUGCAGAGGAGUUUCUUCCCGUGUCCCAGAGAUCAUGGCGGCAGGCACCCACUCCCCUGGUGGGCCCAACGGCAUCAUACGGAGCCAGUCGUUCGCCGGAUUCAGUACGCUGCAGGAGCGACGGUCUCGGUGUAAUUCGUUCAUAGGAAACUCUGCUGUACCGAAGAAGCCUCAGUCCAAGCCCAAGAAGCCCCACCUGUCUGGUCACAAAGGAGGCAGCAGCUCCAGAGAGCCGCAACCCAAACGUCUGGAGGAGGUUUACACGGCACUCAAACAGGGCUUGGAUGAAUAUCUUGAAGUCCAUCAAACAGAGCUGGAUAAACUCACAUCUCUAAUGAAAGACAUGAAGAGGAACUCUCGCUUGGGAGUGCUGUAUGAUCUCGACAAGCAAAUCAAGAGCAUUGAAAGGUAUAUGAGACGCCUCGAGUUCCACAUCAGUAAGGUGGAUGAGCUGUACGAAGCUUUCUGUAUCCAGAGCCGCCUGAGAGACGGUGCCAUCAGGAUGAAGCAGGCCUUCUCCUCCUCUCCUUCCACCAAAGCCACCAAAGAAAGCAUUUCAGAAGUCAACCGCCGAUACAAGGAGUACACUGAGAACAUGAGCGCUUUCGAGAGCGAACUGGAGAAUCUGCUCGGGGAGUUUCACAUCAAAAUGAAAGGACUGGCAGGCUUUGCUAGGCUCUGUCCUGGAGACCAAUAUGAGAUUUUCAUGCGUUACGGUCGACAGCGCUGGAAGCUGAAGGGGAGGAUCGAAGUGAACUCCAGGCAAAGCUGGGACGGAGACGAGAUGGUCUUCAUGCCCCUCAUCACCGAUCUCAUCAACAUCAAGGUGACCGAGCUUAAGGGUCUGGCCACUCACAUGCUGGUGGGCAGUGUCAUCUGUGAGACCAAAGAGCUGUUUACAGCGAGGCCCCAGGUGGUAGCCGUGGACGUCAAUGACCUGGGAACGAUCAAACUCAACCUGGAGGUGACGUGGUAUCCCUUCGAUGUUGAAGAUUUGACUCUGUCAUCGGGAAACUUGAGCAAAGCUGCAGCUCUCCAGAGACGAGUAUCGGUCUACAGCCAGGGUACUCCUGAGACCCCCACCUUCCAGGACAGCUCCUUUUUCUCCACUUUACCAGAUGACAUCUUUGAGAAUGGCGGCUGUGGUGUGGCUGAGUGCAAACGUCUGUCCUUCACCUUCUCUGACACCUCGGGGUCUUCUCCAAGCCCGGCCCAGAGCUUCUUCUCCCAAAGCCAAUCCAACCCUGAGAUCACCGUCACCCCUCCAGAUACGGAUUCAUUGCCGACCCCCAUCCUUCAGACGAGGGAGGACUCUAUUGCAGAGGAGCAUUUAGUGGAGGAAGAAGAAGAGGAGGAGGAGGAAGAAGAAGCGUAUGAGGGGGAUGAAGAGAUGGGUAGCAGAGGGAGCAGGAACAGUGCCAGCCUUGCUAGUGACGAAGCAGAUGUUGCAGACUCAGAGUGGGAGCGCACAGAGUCUCAGCGCAAUUCCAUUUCCAACUGCGGCUCAAUUGCUCCGUCUCUGUGUUCGGAUGGACACCUGUCCACGGUGGCGCCAGAGGACGUUUUCCUGGAUCACGCUGAUGAGCUGAAACCAGUGGAGCUGGACACAGAAGAGCCAGGCAACCUGACGAGGCAGCUUGUCAAGAGGCUGACGUCUUCAGAAAUCGUCUCACCAGCUGGAAGCUUAGCCGAGGGUGGAGGGAGCCUCGGCUGGGCAGGAGAAGGGAGCAGGGCUUUCCUGGAACACAGCCUGGAGGAGGCCAUUCACAGCCUGCUGACAAAGCUGGAGUCCCUGACCCAUCGCUGCAGGGAGCUGCAAGACCUGGAGCAGGAAGUGAUGCGUCUGGAGGACCUCCUCAAGUGCCGUCUGCCGGGUCACAGGAGUCGGUCGUCCAGCCUCAGCCUGACUGUGGAGAGCGCCUUGGAGAGUUUCGACUUCCUCAACACGUCUGACUUUGAUGACGAGGAUACCGGAGACGACAACACAGGCAUCUGCAGUCCCCCUCAAAAGUCUCCACCUUUGGAUGCCGUCACAGAAAGCAUUGAGUCUGUGCUGGCUAGAAGCCAACACUCUGAGGCCAGAGGACACCUGAGCGAAGCCCUUACAGAGGACACUGGGGUUGGAAACAGCGUGGCAGGGAGUCCGAUGCCACUCACCACUGGAAACGAAAACCUGGAUGUGGCCAUCGUUAUCCACCUUCAGUACUGCAUUCACCUCAUCCAGCUGUUGACCAGUGGGGUGGGUAUCUGGCAGCGCCGCAGUGUUCUCCUAAAACUAUCCAGGGAGACACAGCUGCUGGAGGAGCUUGCAGAGAUCAACAUGGACCGGCUAGGAACAGCCACCUCUGCUGCUGAUGUUCUCCCGAGCCUCACGGAGCGCCCCCAGCUGAUGACUGUGUGGUCAGAGUGUAGCGGCUCUGCUGGGCUCUUCCACACCACGCUAGACUGUGUCUUCAAACACAUGAACCAGCGCUACGCACCAUUGCUGCAGGAGAGACACCCACACAGCGCUGACACAGUGAUAACAAUGGUCGUGGGUGAGAUGGUGGACAGGAGCGACCUGGCUGCUGCACAUGUCCCAUCGGCUGCUGCGUUAUCCCGGGACGUCCUGACUGUGUUUCAGUUCCAUACCUAUGUCUUACAGCACAAUGUUCAGGACAUGGAGGUUCACCUGUUGCACUUGGCCAGAGAAAAGGGCUUUGCAGAGGCCCUGUGCAGUGGGGAUCACUCUAGAUGUCUAACACAACUGGAGGAGGUGGCCUGGUCAACCCUUUGGCCUCGAAGCAGCACAUUGAGGGCCCUCGCCUCCCUGCUCACCUCAGAGGAACCCCAGGUCAACAAAGCAGCAUCCGACUACCUCUCCUCCGCAGCCUCAGACAGACACUUCAGAGCCAGGGCAGUGGAGUACUACACCCAGGCGCUGUCGGAGGCUGGAGUCCAGAGCCAGAGGGCGGCCUGCUCUGCUCUCAGCUGCCUUCAGGCAGUGGAAAGCCUGAAAGCAGUCAUAGCUCUGUGUGAUUCAGCUGAUGAGGAGCUGCGUCAUGUGGCCAUAGAGACCCUGCUCACAUUUGGUGAGGAGGGGCGGCUGGCGUAUGAGCAGCUGGACACAGUGGUUGGGAAUAUGAUACGCCUGGGCACACGGAGAGGCAACGCCGUCACCACCGCCUUCUGAGCCACCUUCGAAUCCCAGCCCUGAGGAGCUCAGACGCUCAGCGCUAAGCACGCAAUGCACACCUACCUGAGCUGCUCUGCUUGAUCAUCUGAGGACAGGAAGUGGAUUCUUGUUUGGAAUUGCCUCUUGAAAGAACUAACACCAAACAGACAGUUUUAACACACAACCUGUACCCCUCCUUCAUCCAGACUGGGACUCUUUUUACUCUAUUAAGAGACACACACUCCUCCAUAUUUUCCUUGCUUUCUGAGCCAGACAGGGUAGUCGGUGUGAACUGGAAGCAGAGUUGGAACUUGACUGGACCCCAAGCUAUUAUCACCGCUGCUGCACAGACUGUGCAUAUAUUCCUGCAAAGCAUCAUCCCCUUAGAAACAAGCACACACUUAUUAUCAAGGAAUCUGUUUAUAGCUACAGACCGAUAUGUCUCUUAAUAUUUAGUGACAUCUUUUUUUUAUAUAAUUAUGGCGGCUUGUUUUAGUUGGUGGUUCUGCAUUGUGCUUUCAGAGGAUUGCACCAUUAAGCUUGUAAAUAGG